GUCGCGGUGCUCGCGUGCGAUCCCCGUCGCCUCCAUCGACUCGCUCUGCGCUCGACUCGCUCACUGUACAGCAGAAAACUCGCUGCGCUCCGAACGGCUGCAACUUUUGCAGAGACUCCUCGCUCCACAGACAAUGUCGCACGAUAGCUGAAGUGAACCCGUCCGCCGCGGCUCGUCGCCCGAGCCUCCAGAUAAAGAAAAAAGGAAGAAAACAACAACAAAAAGCCUCGCAGGCUGGCUGGGACACCGGAUCGCACAGCCGUCUCUUCCGUCGCUCCCCUCUGCGCAUCGGAACCUGCGUUUGGAGGAGAAGAAGAAGAAGAAGAGAAAAAACAACACGCCUGGAUAUGAAUGAUGAGCCUUUCCCUCACUAAUGAACUGGGCCGGUAAAUGCAGGAGACCGCGGCGACUCUCUCGUCACUGUUUCAAGAUGGCAGAUUUUCAUUGAGUUUUGAGAAGAAAUCUCGCUUUAUAUUUUUGCCAUGAAUAACAGGAACCCUUGCACCGAUGGCCCCUGUAUACGAAGGUAUGGCCUCGCAAGUGCAAGUGUUCUCCCCUCACACUCUCCAAUCAAGUGCCUUCUUUAGCGCGAAGAAACUGAAAGUGGAGCAGAGCUGUAACUGGGAUAUGACAGGGUACGGCACCCACAGCAAAGUCUACAGCCACAACAGCAGCAAGAACUUGUCGGCCGCGACCGGCCCCCUCGGCAUCAACAGCUCCCUGCAGAUCGGCAAAUCCGCACUGCCCUACGAGCAUCCGGCACUCAUCUUCCCGGCCAGCGUGGGCCACAUUGUGGUCGCCUCAGCCAGCAGCACUUCCGGGGUCGGCGGCGUGCUCGGUGUUCACAACCUGACGCGCCGCAGCACGGUCAGUCUCCUCGACACCUACCAGCGAUGCGGGCUGAAGCGCAAAAGUGAGGAGUUUGACAACAACAGCAGCGUGCAGAUCAUCGAGCAGCACGGCCCGGCGAUGAUCCAGAACGGUGCAAGCCGGCGGGGUGGCGGUGCCACGGUGGCCACCGCCACCUCCACCGCAACGUCUAAGAACAGCGUCUCCAACAGUGAGGGCGACUACCUGCUGGUGCAGCACGAGGUGCUCUGCUCCAUGAACAACACCUACGAAGUGCUGGAGUUCCUGGGACGGGGGACCUUUGGUCAGGUGGUCAAGUGCUGGAAGAGGGGCACCAACGAGAUCGUGGCCAUCAAGAUCUUGAAGAACCACCCGUCGUACGCCCGGCAGGGUCAGAUCGAGGUCAGCAUCCUGGCACGUCUCAGCACGGAGAGUGCAGAUGACUACAACUUUGUGAGGGCCUACGAGUGCUUCCAGCACAAGAACCACACGUGCCUGGUAUUUGAGAUGCUGGAGCAGAACCUGUACGACUUCCUCAAGCAGAACAAGUUCAGCCCCCUGCCGCUCAAAUACAUCAGACCCGUCCUGCAGCAGGUGGCAUCGGCGCUAAUGAAACUGAAGAGCCUGGGCCUGAUCCACGCUGACCUGAAGCCAGAGAACAUCAUGCUGGUGGACCCGUCCCGGCAGCCCUACAGGGUCAAGGUCAUCGACUUUGGCUCAGCCAGCCAUGUGUCAAAAGCAGUGUGCUCCACUUAUCUGCAGUCCAGAUACUACAGGGCACCAGAGAUCAUCCUGGGCCUGCCGUUCUGCGAGGCCAUAGACAUGUGGUCCCUGGGCUGUGUGAUAGCCGAGCUCUUCCUGGGAUGGCCCCUCUACCCCGGAGCCUCCGAGUACGAUCAGAUCCGGUACAUCUCACAGACACAAGGUCUGCCUGCAGAGUAUCUGUUGAGUGCGGGGACGAAAACCACCAGGUUCUUCAACAGGGACCCCGACUCCACCUACCCCCUCUGGAGACUUAAGACUCCGGAGGACCACGAGGGCGAAACAGGGAUCAAGUCCAAGGAGGCUCGCAAGUACAUCUUCAACUGCUUGGAUGAUAUGGCGCAGGUGAACAUGACGUCGGAGCUGGAGGGGAGCGACAUGCUGGCAGAGAAGGCCGACAGGAGGGAGUUCAUCGACUUGUUGACCAAGAUGCUGACCAUUGACGCCGACAAGAGGAUCACUCCUAUCGAAACGCUCAACCACCCCUUUGUUACCAUGUCACAUCUCCUCGAUUUCCCUCACAGCACACAUGUAAAGUCGUGCUUCCAAAACAUGGAGAUCUGUAAGCGUCGUGUCAACAUGUACGAUGCGGUCAACCAGAGCAAGACGCCCUUUAUCACCCACGUGGCCCCCAGCACCUCCACCAACCUCACCAUGACCUUCAACAACCAGCUGAACACUAUGCACAGCCAGCCCUCCGCCGCCGCCAUGGCGGCCGUGGCCCAGAGGAGCAUGCCCCUGCAGCCGGGGCCUCCUCAGCUCUGCGCCGCUCGGCCCGACCCCUUCCAGCAGGCACUCAUUGUCUGCCCGCCUGGCUUCCAAGGGCUGCAGGCGUCCCCUUCCAAGCACACCAGUUACUCGGUGCGGAUGGAGAACGCCGUUCCCAUAGUGACGCAAGCCCCCGGUGCCCAGCCACUGCAGAUUCAACCCGGCCUGCUUACACAGCAGGCCUGGCCCAGCGGCACCCAGCAGAUCCUGCUGCCUCCAGCCUGGCAGCAGCUCACGCACACCUCGGUCCAGCAUGCCACCGUCAUCCCGGACUCCAUGAGCAGCGCGCAGCCGCUCGCCAACUGGAGGAAUUCCCACCCGCACGGCACCCAUUACAAUCCCAUCAUGCAGCAGCCAGCCUUGUUGGCCGGCCACGUCACGCUCCCGUCCAACCAGACGCUCAGCGUGGGAGUGGCCCACGUUAUGAGGCAGCCCUCGACCAAUAACAACUCCACUUCCAAGAAGAACAAACAGCACCAGAUGUCCGCCAGGAACAUGUCGGCCUACGAGGUGUCGUCCUCCCAGACGGUGCUUUCCCCGCAGCGCUCCAAGCGGGUGAAGGAGAACACCCCCCCGCGCUGCGCCGUGCUGCAGAGCGGCUCGUCCUCCUUCAACUGCGCGCCCCAGCAGGGCUACGGGGGCGGAGGGUGGGGGCCGGGUGAAUCAGAACAGGCUUCCAGCACCACCCGAAACCACCAGCACCAACACCACCUGCCCAGACAGACCAUCGUCAUCCCCGACACGCCCAGCCCGGCGGUCAGCAUCAUCACCAUCAGCAGCGACACGGACGACGAAGAUGACCACAAACAGAACAAGAGUUCAUCUUCAAAGCAGCGGAAGAAUGUCAUCAGUUGCGUGACCGUCCACGAUUCACCCGACUCCCACUGUUCCAACAGCCCUUACACUUUGGAGUCCAGAGCCCCCAACAACAACAACAACAGCUACGACACAAAGACCAUCCUGGACAACUACAACAACGGGAACCUCCGCACCAUCAUCGUUCCUCCCCUCAAAACCCAGAGCAGCGAGGCCCCGAAUGAGUGCGAGCGGCUGAUGCCAGAACCAAUGAACCAUCAGAAUUCAGCCUACAAGUUCAAAUCCUCCAACGGGUUGGCGUCCGGCAAUAAUCACCUACACGGGGGCCUGACCGGGGGCGGGUCCUACCGCCAGCAGCGCUCUGGGCUACACGCCCUCCAGCAGCAGCCUCUCAAUCUCAGCCAGGCCCAGCAGCACAUGGCGAGUGAGCGAAACGGUCAUCGGCGCCAGCAGGCCUACAUCACCCCGACCAUCGCCACCCAGCCGCCGUACUCCUUCCAUCACAACAGCCCGUCUCACGCGGGCAACGUCCACCCGCACCUGGCGGCCACGCACCUGCCUGGCCAGCCCCACCUCUACACGUACACGGCACCUGCCGCCCUGGGCUCCACCGGCACCGUGGCCCACUUGGUGGCGUCACAGGGCUCGGCGCGCCACGCGGUCCAGCACGGGAGCUACCCGCCAAGCAUCGUCCACCAGGUCCCGGUCAGCAUGGGCCACCGCGUGCUGCCCUCGCCCACCUUGCACCACGGCCAGUACCAGGCCCAGUUUGCCCACCAGGCCUACAUCAGCGCUUCGCCCGCCUCCGCUGUCUACACUGGAUACCCUCUGAGCCCCACCAAGGUCAACCAGUACCCUUACCUCUAGAGAGGACGCUGACUGACACUGGAGAGCUGCUGCUGCUGCCCCCCGCCACCCCCCAAAAUCCUGAACAUCCUCUCCUCGACCUCAGACAUAAACAGAGACAGAGGAACAUGCAAUCCUCAUGAAACUGUCGCAAAUGGCUUGAAGAAAAGAAGAAGGAACAGCCUCUCUAGAAGGGAAAGAUGGGGUUGAAUUUCAGAGUGUUUUCUUUCAUAUUUGUUUUUCUCCUGAAAGAGCCAGUUUUUUUUUUUUUCAUUUAUUUGUCUAUUCUCCGCAUUGCUUUUUAAAGGAAAGUAAUGUGUCAUUAGUUUUACAGGGACGUUUGAAAACGGGCCCUUUGGGGACAGUGGAGGCUUUCUGGUGUUUUAUUCCCCCCCCCCCCCGUAUAUUUGGUAAGAGACUGUUGAACAGGGGUUACUGACUGGAAGUUUGGAAUCCCAAGACAUUCGGGAGAAGGUGAAAUACGGAAAACCUGCUGCUCUUCAAAGAAAAAAUAUAUAUAUAUUGAUGGCCUUGAACUGUCUUUAAUGUUUCCAAAAUCAUUCCCCAGUGUGGGGACAAAAGACAGGCAACUCCCAACCCGCUCCACCUUCUCCAGCCGAGGAGCUUUCUGGAAAUAUAACCAACAGAAGACAACAAACUUUUUAGUGUGCAUUUAUAGAUAUUCUGUUCCUUUAUGUUUCACCUUUAUAACGAUAUACUUGGGUUUUAGCUAGGCGUCUUAGAAUGUAGCAGUCUGCACAUGUUUGUUUGUUUUUCCUCCCCCUGAUACCAGUCGGUUUUAUUUGUUCCUCUUUUUUUUCAAUGUGAUUGCACAAAGUGGUUAUAAUAACAUAGGCAUGUACAACGUGAUUGUCUGUGUGUGCUACCGUCAGCCAUGCGUGCGUAGUCCACCUCCUUAAAAAAAAAAAAGAACUCUCUCCAGUCUUUAGGUUCUGACCAUUGUUCCCUCGUAGUGCCUUACAGACAUAACCACACAGUUUACUUGGCUUGGAUCCCGAAAAAGCCACCAGAGACUCUCAGCUGGACGGUGGAGACGCGUGUUUCUCUGGUUUUGACAUCCUAGUCGGGGCAGUUGUAGCUCUCUUCCAGGUGCAGGCUCACGCCCUUAAUGACGGCGUAACGCGCACGGCGAAGAUUAAUGUCAGUCGAGAGCUGAGCUGAUAUCACGCUGAGCUAUUUUAUUAUGUGUGCAUGAGAUAACUUGCCCGGGGUACUUACCAAAGUCAUAGAUAAAUUCUCCUUACGUUUUGCUGUGGAUUUUAAUGUAAAUAAGAAGGUGUGCAGUGUAGCUGUAGCCGUGAACCUCUAUCACGGGUGGCACCCAAACAUUGUGGCUUUAGCUGGGAGGAAAUAUUUGAUUUUCUUUUUAUAAUCACUCAAGGGAAUGUUUUCACGUGGCGGGAAUGUUCUGAGACGCAGAAGAGGGCCUGACAGAAAGUAAGGGACGGCCAGGCUAAAGAAGAGAGGCGGGUAUCGAGGGUGGUUUUGAGAGGGUUACUGUGUGGGCGGGAGGGAAGGGGCUGUUUGUGGGGGGCGCAGGGGUCCGCGUUUGGAGGGGGCAGAGGGAAACCUAAUCUUGAAUGGGACUAAAAUGGUAGCAAGUUGGCACUGAGCAGGUUGAUAGUGACGCUGAGCCCGGUGGGAUGGUGGCAGCCGGAGGGGGGGGGGGCUUCACCUCACCUGAACGCACACUUAUAAUUCUGACAUGAAUCCUUUUUGGUUUUGACGUAGUGUCAUUCGUUUUACGCUGGAGGUUUUGGGUGAACGGAAGGGGGAAUCCCCCAGCGUGCACCUGGAAGGGGGCGCCUCGAGGACGAUUCCUCGCCACUGUCCAUUUGUCUUUGAGCCAGGAGCGCCACGGACAUGGCCGCGCCAGCCGAACAGGACACCCCGAACACUUAGACAACCGACCAAUAGCGGUGUCACUUUGCGCGUUUGCUGCUUGACUCAACAGACAUCUUUUUGUUGUUGUUGUUUUUCUUGUAGCCAAUGAUACAAAUAAUCUCCUCCGUUCAUUUGUGCUCUUGAACACUCAGCAGUACUGCUGGUGUCGUAGUGAAAGCCUUCCCCUCCCCCUUUUAUGGUUUGCCAUAGUAUUUGCAUUUGAAGGGAUUUUUUAACUUAACAUUACCUUGAACUUUUUGACAUGGCUGUAGUACCUAUUGUGUUUAUCUUUUAGAGAUUGUUGCAAUAAUUCUUGUGGAUGUGUCUUUUUUUAUGAUAUGUCGGGCUCUGCUUUGUAGCCUGGAGGUUGAUGUUCAGUGAUGUUUAGUGUUCCGUGGAGGUGGGCGCACCCGUUUAAAGACACACCCCGCCUCCAGCACGCAGGCCCGAGGUAGAAGAUGUGAUUGCUUAGUAACCUGCUGGUUACAUCAUUCUUCUGUUCUGUUUUGUUGUCUUCUUUUUUUAUUCAAUUUUCUGUAGGUCAUUGGGGCCUAAGCACACACACACACACACAUAUGGGAGAUGAUUAUCCAUUGAAAUUUGUUUCAGCGUCGUCACAUUAGAUCUUUUAUUUUUUUUUUCUCGCUUCUCCCACCAAAGAAUUCAACAGACCAAUCAUGUACAGCACAGCACAGGAAAGUGCGAGCAAACCACCGGAGCUUUUGCAAGGGCAGCAGAGGGGCAAAUAACUCCUGGUCUCAUCUUUAAACGCUUUACGAGUAACUUUGAGGACGCGUUGUUUUACCCCCCCAGAAGCAAAUGCAUGUUUCACGAAGGCGAUUCGACGUAUUUAUGGAACACAGCAGAGUAACGGAUUUGACUAAAAUCCUGAACGUUCGGCCACGAAAAGAGCUGCGCGUUUGCUUUCACUGUCGUUACUCCUCACAGGUGUUUAGAUUGAAUGAUCAAUAACUAUCAAACUUCUCUCUAAAUUGAUAAGCCAGUUGUUGUUAUUUUAUUUUUUAUUUUGUUUUGUUGUUGUUGUUGUUGAUGAUGUCGUUGCUUUAUCGGUGUUGUGUGAAAAUGACUUUGUAAACUAAAAAUGUUGUUUUACAUUAGCGUGCCAUGAAGUGAAAUGACCUGUCAAAAUGAAUUAAUCAAAAAUGCACCGACUAUACCUUUAAAACCACGGCCACCCGCACAAAAUGAAUGUAAUGCGUGACCUGCGACAUCUGAAAUGGCUUUAGAUCUUUCUCCGUGGGUGACCAUUCAUUUCAUUUUUACACCGUAAGUGGCCAUGCAUGACGCAAUAAUUAUAGAUCUGAUCUUCAGCAAAAUCCUAUGUAAGAGUAAGUCAUUAACACUAUGACCAUCCUCACGAUUAGGGGGUGUCAAAUAAUUGCUAUUUUCUCAAACUAAAUUAAUAGAGGCCCCGUAUACUCAAAGCUGUUGGAAAUGACUUAAUGUGUUAAUGUUACCUUUGUCUAUUAUUAAGUUUCACAUAACCAACGUUUUGUCUCUUAUAAAAAAAAAGGGGGAAUCAGAAAUGUGACGUAGAUCGAGUGACCUUACAAUUACCAAAAUGUGCUUAAGUAGAGUGUAAAAACGUUUUGUGUUGUCGAGGUGAGCGCGGCCUUCCCAGCUAUAGCCACCGUCUUCCAAAUGGCCGACCAGUCCGCCGACCUCACUCUCCCCGUGAAGCCUGGCACUUUCCUUUAAAUAUAUACUCAAACUUCCAACUUUGCUCAUGGUCAUGUUGCGAUUUCUUUUCGGCCCCCUUCGGAGCUUUGGGGACACCGGGAAACAUUCCUGAGACGAGAGCGUCGACGGCGCUGCAUUAGUCUUAGUCGGAUAAACUCCUGGAGAGAGAGAGAGAGAGAGAGAGAGAGAGAGAGAGAGCAGACCACCCGCAACAUCCACACAAGCUUCAGCGCAAACGUAAACCAUUUGGCAAACUCGUAGGCGCUUUAAGUGCAGGAAGAGGCGUCAGGUGGGUUAAUCAUGGGUUGACCUCUCUGUCACCAGGUGACUCAUAAUCCAGCCACGCGAGCGUUCUUAAAGCCCUUUCAGAUGAGAGUCUGUGUUCUUUUUUUUUACCUUUUCAUUGGGGAGAUCUGCUCCUUUUGCUGGCUGUUCCUUGGUGGUUUGAUGCCAUCGCUGAUAGAGGGUGUCGGGUGAAUGAAUGAAAUUAAGAACCAAAACUGAUUGAAAUACGAUUGUUUUCCUGUUAUCUUAAUUUAUUCUAAUUUAUGUAAAAGCAGGCAUGGAUGUGGAUCCAUUUGUACCACUUUGGUCCAACUUUACAUAAAUGAAACAUGUAGCUUUUUUUCCCCAUUUUACUUUCUGGAAGAUUUCUAGCCAAAGCUAGGUGUGUUUUUGUGGUGUCAAUGAACGGAAUCUAGAAGUGGUAGACCAAAGCUACAUUCAAAGCCAAAUUGGCCUUUUUUUACAUUACAAAAAUAUUCAUCUAAAGCUAGACAUCACGUUAAAGUCAAAGUGAUUUUUUUGGUACAUUCUCAAAUUUGUAUUGCUCCAUUUAAUCACACUAUCAUACUCAUGCAAGUGAGUUAUCCGUUUAUUUUGCAUUUUCUAAAGACCUAAGAGUGCAUCAAACCCUGACCCCCUUUUCUGUUUCUUGCUGUAUGGUUUCUCAUCGGUGUAAAAUCUCAUUCUUUGUCGAUACAGCUAAUGUGUGCUGCAGUAUUUCCUACUAUACUUCUCUGUUAAUUGUCUCUUCUUAUUUACUUUUGUUUUUUGGGGUGUGAUGUCUCAUUAUUUCAAUCUUCUGAUCUGUAGCGUUCGAUGUAUACCCAGUUCCUUACCCUAAUAUUAUUAAGUAUGUUACGAGAAUGGAUAUUUUAUUGGCUUUACAGAAUGUUUAAAUAAAUAUAAUGACAGUAAGAAGAAGGAUUAAUUAAACCUCCUAAGAAGUUGAGCUACUAAGCGCUUGUGUUACCAUUAUGAUGUUGUGUGCUUCUCUUAAUCAUUUUCGUUGUAGAAAAAUGGAGUGAAUUUAUAUUAGGCUUUGAAUAAACUAAUUAUAGCAUUGUAAAUUUUACAGGAGGAUUUUAACAAGCAAAUAGCUUCGUCAAAUAGAAGAAUAUAGUUAUUUGAAUUGUCCUCUUUACUAACUGUAGGGUGAGAAGGGGCUCGCGUUGUGGUGAACUAUGUUAUAGCUUGUUAUUCACUGUUACUUUUGAUCAUUUUUUCGGUCUCCGAGGUGAAUCGAGUUAUUAAUGAGAAUUUGUAUGCUCACAUAUGCAUAUUGUAUAUGUGCAGAAAUGUAUUCUACUUUGUCUUGGAUUUACAUUAAACUGUUAAGUCACGGCACCGAU